AGUAAAGGCAGGCUUCAAACGUAUCCAGCCAGAAGAAAGUAGAAGUGAACUGUGGGGGAGAGGAAAAAGUUCGCAAGGAGAGGCAGGACAACUCUUGGGAGCCCUGCAGUCUCACUUUAUGCCUCCAAAAUACUUUCUUUCCAGUUUAUUUGUAUCUAGCAAUAUUGCUAUAGUAUUUUCACAAGAAUAACCCAACUUUUUAAAAACUAAAACGACCAUGGAGCUGCUUUGCCUCGAAGUGGACACCAUCGUAAGAGCUAGUCCUGAUCCGAAUCUUCUGUGUGAUGACAGGGUAUUACAAAGGCUGUUGACCAUUGAAGAACGAUUUAUUCCACAAUGUUCUUAUUUCAAGUGCGUUCAGAAAGAUAUUCAGCCAUUUAUGCGGAGGAUGGUUGCGACUUGGAUGCUGGAGGUUUGUGAAGAACAGAAGUGCGAGGAAGAGGUUUUUCCCUUGGCAAUGAACUACUUGGACAGAUUUUUAGCCGCGGUUCCAACCAGAAAGUGUAAUCUGCAACUUCUUGGAGCAGUUUGCAUGUUCCUUGCAUCCAAACUGAAAGAAACUCGUCCAUUAACUGCAGAGAAACUCUGCAUCUACACUGAUAACUCCAUCAGACCACAGGAGUUGCUGGAGUGGGAGCUGGUGGUGCUGGGGAAGUUGAAGUGGAACCUGGCGGCUGUCACUCCAAAUGACUUCAUAGAGCACAUUGUGAGGAAGCUGCCUUUGCCCGAGGAGAAGUUAGUGCUGAUACGCAAACACGUGCAGACCUUCAUUGCCCUCUGUGCUACAGACUUCAACUUCGCAAUGUACCCCCCGUCCAUGAUCGCCACAGGGAGUGUGGGAGCGGCUAUCUGUGGCCUUCAGUUGGACUCGGGUGACCAGUCACAGUGGGGGGACAGUCUCACAGACCUGCUGGCCAAAAUCACCAACACUGAAGUGGACUGUCUGAAGGAGUGUCAGGAGCAGAUUGAGAGGGUUUUGGUGAGCAGCCUGCGCGAGGGGCGGCAGCAGCAGCAACAGCAGCAGCAGGAACAGCGUGGCCCCAGCAGUAAGYCCAUGGACGAGCUGGAUCAGUCCAGCACCCCAACGGAUGUUCGCGACAUCAACUUGUGAGCCUGCAAAGAGAAGCAGCGCAUCCGGAAUACGCAUCAAAUCAACAUAAAAAA